AUGGCAAAUAUCGCAGGAUUUAUAGGUAUUGGGGUAUCUGGAGUGGCUCUUCUGUUUGCCAUUACAGCUCUGGCGGCUGACAAAUGGGAAAGUGGCGAUGUCAUAAUUGAGACAAUCAGUGUUAAGUCUUUAAAGGUUGGAUUGUGGGAAAUAUGCUACAAAGCAGGAUUAAAAUCCACCUGCUACGAUAUUAAAGAUGCUUCUAAAAUUUUAACAGUAACGGACGAGCAGAAAAACUCUGUCAAAGCAUGUAAGGCAAUGAUAUUUUUGGCUAUUUUCACGACGACGGGAGCUAUUGUGUGUGCUGGGCUUAUGAUGUUUGUUAUGAAGGACAAAAAGACAUUGUCCUUUGCAGCUGGAGGCCUGAAUUUCGCGUCUGGAUUUUUCUUGAUGAUUGCCAUGGCAAUAUAUUUUGAUAAAGUGAAAACAAGCGGAUCAGAUUUAGAUUACGGCUUUGUCCUCGACAUCAUCGCUUGGCUGGCGGCAUGGGCAGCUGGUGGAAUCUUCAUCGCUUCAAAGUUUUUAACUAUGGACUGUCAAUAAGAACAGAAACGUGUUUAGUAGCUGCUUGAAAGAUAUAAGUAUAAAAGCUAAACAAAAACAAGAAUGUAGAAACAAUAUCAUAUUUAUUUGUAUGACAGUCUACAACUGUCUACAUGCUUUAUUGGUUUAAAUUUUAUUCAGAAUAUUUAUACAUGUGUAAGAAACAUCAUUACAAUAAUUAUAGAUUUUGGCUGAAAGUAAAAACCUAUAGAAGCCAUUAUCUAACGACUAUAGUCUUCAAUGUCAGUGGUGGUUGUAAUUAACCGGUUAGCAGAAAGUUAACACAUUUAAUAAUGCAAGAUUGAAAAGAAAUAAGUUUUUGAUGUUAAGGGCAUUUUUUUUUAGAAAGUUUUGAUGAAAAAGACAAUAAAAAGUAAGAAUCAAUAACAAC